AUGGCUACUGACUGGCAAACGGAGUGUAUUCUGCCUCAACAUCAACCCACUCUGGACAGUAUCGGAGUUCAUACGGACAGAGCCUUGCAGAACACCUCGGGGAACGUUCAGACGUACUCGGACAGCCUCGCACACAGUGGGAUCACGGGGCGGGACGAGCAUCUGCAUCAUCUAGCCUACAAGUACCCUCAACCUCCUGUGCCAACACAUCCAGUGCCAACUGUCUCUAGCCUUGGGCCUCCUCAGAGCCUACGAUUCCAGGCAAAGAAGCUGCGGCGUCUGCAGUCUGUUGGUCCGAACCUCGUGGGACCGCGUCGACCAAGAAGCUACCUCAGGUCGCAGAAGUAUCUCGAGUAUCGAGCCCGACCUCGCCGCGACACUGGCAAAGAUGGGGAACCGGUAUGGUCGGACGAACUUGAAGACGCGUUUCAACAAGCUCUCGAAGCGAAUCCGCCGAUGGGCCGACGGAAAUGGUCGGAACGAGGAAAGUCCUAUGGUCGAAAUGAGCUUAUUGCUGAAUACAUCUACAAGAAAACUGGUAAACGACGAACCAGAAAGCAAGUGUCCAGCCAUCUGCAAGUCCUCGACUCAUUCCUCAAAGGAGACCCGGACUGGGAGCGACUCGUACGAGAAGAGGCGGCCGUCCGCUCGAACAGCCAACAUCCGCCCAGUGGUCCAAAAUGGAGGGCUUCCUUGGACCCUCCCCUGUCAAGUCAUUAUGGCAAUCACUUCCACACCCCCCAUUAUGAUCAUUUGAGGUUGGGGCAUGCUUAUGCUGGCGAUAUCCCCUCGGCGCACAUCUCCCUUAAUUCCAGCCUCCACGACGGCAACAUCAACACUGUACAGGGGCUUGGGUUUGAUAUGUGGGUCAGCGCUCCAGACAAGCCGAACCGAAUCGACGACGCCAUCCACAUCUACAGCCGGCUCCAGGGAGACCAGCGCCAUCCUGUUGCACCGCCGAUGCCCUUGAAAGACCUGCCAGGGUGGCAGGCAUCCUUUCCUGAUUUGAAUUUAUUGAUUGCAGAUCCCAGUACCCCCCUUGAUUGCGAGAUUAUUCUACUUGAAGCCAACCUGAAGUUGAUGGAUAACUUUCCUCCCACGGGCUCGAGAUUGGGGAUUCACCUGGAACUCGACUUUGCCCAGGCAACGGCCGGCGAUGUGCCGAUGGUUCACCAGAUGAGCAACUGGACUUGUAAGACAACCAUGUAUGACAAUGGCCGCAAUGUCCAUGAAGAGUGUCACAGUGUUGCCCAACCGGGGUCGACCAAGGUCAAGCCACUGUUUGAAUCCCGAUGGUGGGCCAACUGCUUCACGCAGCUCACGCAAGACCAGAAGAUGGUCGAGGAAAGAGGUCCACAUCACGUUUCGCACGAAGUUGGGAGACAAUACCUUCGCACCUUGACGGUAGUCCAGGAGAUCCGGGCAGUCGCGCCUUAUAAUGUGCGACGGAUGUCCACCAACUCGUACUCGGGCCAUGGGGUGAACGAACCGAAGCGGGUUGCGAUUCUGCUCUGGAAGUUUCGGCAGACGAGGCCCAACGAGGUCGGCACCACCACUUGGCGUCGGAUCAUUCCUCCCCCAGAGCGGACUUCGCAUGCGAGUCCCAAAGCCCCGACUGGACUAGACCUUCCUCCCAUCCCACUGGACUCCCUCCUGAUGAACCGCCCCGGCCCCAGUGCGUACCACCCGGCUCAGUCCCAUGAACUACUGCACACCACCACUACCUCGCAACCGCACUGGCCUCUGUACCAACAGCCCCAGGACAGUGUUGCCAACAUGUUCAAUUCCAAUGGACCCUUCGACUUCCUCGGACACAUCAAGGCCGAAGAUCGGUUGGGUGACAAGACAUCGGUGACGUCGGUGCUGGACUCCUUCUCCCAUCUCCAACCGCACGAGACCAGCCAGCCCACGAGCCUCAGCGGUUCCACUGGCGGGCCUGUCAUGAUGAGUGUGCCGGAUCUCUCCCUGUCGCAUUCCAGCCUGCCUGCAUACGGGAUCGGUCACGACGGGCACUACGUGCCACCGCAGUCCCAUGGCGUGAAUGUCCACGACAACAACACUGUCCUCAACAGCAUCUUCGGGACCAGCGCGCCGUCUCUCGACGACAUUGGCCACAGCCACGCCGCCUGGGCGACGCCCACGACCACCGGAAUCCAGGGCGAUGUCACCGGCGAUAACUAUACCCAUCUUCACCAUCACCACCACCACCACUUCCAGCCGUCCGACCAUCAGAGCUCGGUAGCGCGGGAGUCGCACGCCUCCACCAGUUUCGAGGGGUUCCUACCGCCGGAUGAUGUGAUGGACAAGCUGGUCGGAAGCAUGCCCGGUGACCCGGGCCUCAACGGGGGUGGUCAUGACCACCCGCAUGCCACAUAUGCAGACAGCAACUCAGUGGAGGCGAAUUAA